UACUAUUUGAUGACUUUUGUUUCUCUAAGCUUUUUCUUUUCCUUUUUUUCUGUUUUUAUGUCACCUUUGGUUAUAACCACACUCAUUAAUCCACCACUUUCAUCACCCACUCCCCUCCACUACACAACAACUAGUCUUACUAUAAUAAAAAUCAAUACAUAUAUGUGUGUCGUCUGUCGGUGGUUGUGUUUGUCUCAUUUUACUAAUCUCAGUUUGUAACCAAAAUCAUCACAUUUCCUUUUCUGCAUAUAUACAUACUAUACACCCUCACCUUUUUGUUGAAAUUUCAAUUCUUUGACCAAUAUUUCAACUUCUUCUAUAUAUACGUACCAUAUAUGGUUGUUAAUUUUUGGGUGAAAUUCUGAAGUCACAAAAAUUAUCUGAGCAUAAAGGAGCUAAAGAAAAUCAUGGACCAAAAACCAUGGCCAUGGAAGAAAAAAUCUUCCCAAAAAUCUCUUGAUGCAAACAAUGAAGCCGAACACGAAGCAACAGAGCGGCUUCAGUAUGAUAAAGAAGCAGCUUUGGAGAGGACUGUGAAAAGCCUCCAUGAAAAGGUCGCUUCUCUCCUACACGAGUGCAAUGCCAAAGAUAACCUCAUAGCAGAACAAACAAAAACGGCAGAAAAAACCCUUGAAGAUCGGGAUAAGGUUGUCGAAGAAAUGGCUCUGAAAACUCAAGAACUAGACGCAGCAGUGCAGCAGAAGUUAGAGGCUAAUGAGAGAGUGAUUCACUUAAAUUCCGCAUUGAAGGAUUAUCGCCAGCAACUGAGCUCUUUAAAAGAAGAACAAGAUCAACGGGUAAGUGAAGCUGUGGAGGAAGCCAAAAAGGCCCAUAAGAGACUAGAGGAGAAAUUCACGGAAAACACGAAAAAGCUCUCGGUUUUGACGGUUGAAAAUGCUCAACUCGCUAAGGCACUUUUGAUAAAAGAGGAACUAAUCGAAGAUGUAAGUCAUCAGAUGUCACAAGCGACAAUGGAGUUCAAUGAGUUGAUUUCAAGGUUGGAUUCUGCUGAAAAGGAAAACAAUAUUUUGAAAUACGAAUUUCAUGUUCUUGAAAGAGAACUUGAGAUAAGAACUCGAUGUGCUGAUGUGGCAAAUAGGCAGCACCAAGAAAGUAUGAAACGAGCUGUGAAAUUAGAAGCUGAAUGUAAGAAACUUCGGUUGAUGGUGAAAAAGCAGAUGGCGGGGUCAAAUGAUAAACGAAUGGUUUUCAUGAUAAAUCGUUUAUGUGAAGUGGAAGAAGAAAACAAGAUUCUCAAAGAAAAUAUGCAUAAGAAAGACGAUGAAAUUCGUCUAUUGCAAGAGGAAUUUGUUCAAAUCAAACAUGAUGAAAUCACGCACGUUAAUGGUGUGAGUGGACGCUCAAUAAUUGGAGAUUCAGAUAUGAGUCUAAUGGAUGAUUUUGUUGAAAUGGAGAAACUAGCAAUAGUUUGUGCUGACGCGACUAAUCUUGAUUCGAUAGGCAAAGAAAUAGUUCCGGUGGCACAAGAAGAUGUCAACAGUCCAUCAAAUGAAGACUCUAAUUGGUUGCAGAGUGUUUUAAAGACGAUUUUGGAGCAAACCCAUGUCUCAAAACGAAAGUUCGAUGAAGUGUUGGAUGAAAUCAAAAUAGCUUUAAAGUGUCAACAUAAUUCUGAUCCUGUUAGUGGCUAUAUCACAUGGAAAUCUCCUGAAACUGAGAAAAGUAUCGGGAGCUUGAAAACCGAACUGGAAGGCUUAAAAGAGUCAAAGAUAACGAUAGAGGACCAACUUGAGAACCAGAAGUUGAUCAAUGAGGAACUUGAUCAUAAACUUUCUGUUGCUCAAGUUCAGAUAAAUGAAGCGAAUCAGAAGGUAUCAGCUCUCAAAGUGGAACUGGAAGAUAGAAGUCAUUGCUGUGAAGAACUAGAAGCAACCUGUCUCGAUUUACAACUCCAACUUGCAAGUGUUUCUGAUAAAGAUGUGACAAAUGUAGAUGUCGGGAAAGAGGUGAAGUUGCUCCAAACGGAAUCUGAAUUAUCAGCAGCUUCUGCAAAACUGGCCGAGUGUCAAGAAACAAUCUUCAGCAUUGGCCGUCAAUUGAAAGCACUAACACCGCCCCCAGAAUCAGCAGAGCUGACAACCGAUAAAAAGUCAAGUGAGCAUUCAUCUUUACGUGACCGUAUGGUGGCAGAGGACAUUGGUGACAUGGAGGAUCAGCUAGGCUCUCCAAAGACUAAAGAGAUCAUAACUGCCACGGAAACAAAGGUGCCCCUACCUGUUGUUGUUCGUGUUGGCAGCUGCAAGUCUCGUGUUGCACCGGGGGCGUUGGCUAUUGUACCUAGUAAGAAGCGGGGUAAAGGCACCGAGCUGUUAAAGAAGCUUCUGUUUAGGAAGAAAAGAGGAAGCAGCAAGAAGAAGGUGCUUGCGAUUGCUCCAUAGAACGUAGGAUGGUUUUGUGAGUGGUAUUUCUUUGUCUAGUUGGUAAGCCUGGUGACUUUUGUUUGUAAACUUUGUUAUAGCUAAUCUAAUCUUCGAAUAAAAUAGGUUUUCUGAAAGUAA